AUGCAGCAAGAGGCUUUCAUUGUGGUCCAUGAAUGGUUGAAGCAGCUGUGGCCUGAGGCCGAAAUUGAUUGUCAUGUUGUCCUAGCCUUGACCUGUGGCUCAGCUGCAGCCUUUUUGGCACUCAAGUGGGUGAGCCAGAAGAGGAUCAAAAAACAAAUACAGGAUGCAUGUAAAAAGAGAGGACAUGGCUUGGAAAAAAUGGAAAAAGCUGUCCAGAAGUUUAAACAACAGAAUCCCAGUGUACAAGUGGCUCACAUCCUUUCUCUGCCUCUGGUUGAGUUGACUGAGAAGCUGAGGGAAGAGUCUCUGUCUCCAGAGAGCGUCCUUUAUGCCUACAUGGGGAAGGCUUUAACAGUAAACCAGGAGGUCAACUGUGUGCGCCAUUUUAUUCCAGAAUGUGAACAGCACCUUCAGAAACUGAAAAGGCAUGCUGAAAAGGGCUUACUGUACGGUGUACCUGUGAGCAUCAAGGACCAUAUUGGCUACAAGGGCCAUUUAUCAACAUGUGGCUUUACUGUGUCACUCGGUAUUCUAGAAGAAGAGGACAGUGUGUUAGUCAAGGUGUUGAAGAGACAGGGAGCAAAUCCAUUUGUAAUCACCAAUGUCCCCCAGUCCUUAAUGACCUAUGACUGCAGCAACCCAAUUUUUGGCCAGACAGCGAACCCUCUCAACCAUAGGAAAAGCCCUGGUGGCUCCUCUGGAGGGGAAGGGGCUCUGAUUGCAGGAGGAGGGUCCAUCCUGGGCUUUGGGACUGAUGUGGGUGGAAGUAUCCGCUUGCCUUCCAGCUUUUGUGGUCUUUGUGGGCUGAAGCCAACAGGAAGUAGGCUGAGCAAUUUAGGAGUAAGAGGCCCUGUCGAUGGAAUACUCUCAGUUACAUUAUCACUGGGACCAAUGGCGAGGGAUGUGGACAGCCUGGUUCUGUGCAUGAAGGCUCUCUUAUGCGAUGACAUGUUCCAGCUGGAUCCCACUGUGCCACCUAUGCUGUUUAAUGAAGAGAUAUACUCCAGCACUGCUCCACUCCGGAUUGGGUAUUAUGAUACUGAUGGCUAUUUCUUGCUCCCUCCUUGCAUGAGGCGGGCUGUGCAUGAAACUAGGAAGCUUCUCCAAGAAGCUGGUCAUACGCUAGUUCACUUCACUCCACCAUCAGUGCCCUAUGUCAUGGAUGAACUUUUUAUCAAAGGCCUUUUUGCUGAUGGAGGCUCAACUCUAUUGGCCAUGUUUGGAAAAGAUAUAAUAGAUCCAAGCCUGAAACACCAAGUGAAUUACCUGAGAAUCCCAAAUUUGGUGAAGAAAGGUUUGGCCAAAAUCAUCAAACCAUGGUUUCCACGAUUGGCCAACCAUCUGAAUGCAUUGUGUGGAGUGAGGUCUGUGAAGUCCCUGUGGGAGCAGCAUGACAAAGUGAAGGCUUAUUGUAAGAAGUUUGUUGAUGAAUGGAGGAAGUGCAAGUUAGAUGUUGUCCUGUGCCCAGUCCUGGGUCCUGCCUUCACUCUUAGAUAUCCUGGGAAGCUACUGGCUGCAGUCUCAUCUACCAUGUUAUACAAUGUCUUGAACUUUCCUGCUGGAGUUGUGCCAGUCACCACAGUGACAGAGGAUGAUGAAGAAGAGUUGCAGCAGUACCAAGGACAAUGUGGUGAUCCCUGGGACAAGAAACUGAAAAAGGCUGUGGAAGGUACAGUGGGGCUUCCUGUGGCUGUGCAGUGUGUGGCCUUACCAUGGCAAGAGGAAUUAUGCCUUCGAUUCAUGAAGGAGGUAGAGACACUGUCCUGCAAGAGGAGAGGGAAGACGUCCAUAUGA